AACUGAGACUUUUGUGCCGGCUUCCUAGUUUUACGACAACAAGGAUGGCGGCUGCUAGUGGUAGAUUUGAAAGUGCAAGGAGUAUCGAAGAACGUAAAGAACAGACCAAGAUUGCUAGGGCCGAAGUGUUGCGCCAGGCUAAAGCCAAUUUUGAAAAGGAAGAAAGGCGUAAAGAACUUAAACGACUUCGGGGUGAGGAUACAUGGAUGCUACCUGAUGUGAAUGAGCGAAUUGAACAGUUCUCCCAGGAACACUCUGUUAAGAAAAAGAAGAAAAAAGACAAACACUCAAAAAAAGUAAAGAAAGAGAAGAAAAAAAAGAGUAAGAAACAGAAGUAUGAAAAAAGCAAUGAGUCAACAGAUAGUUCAUCAAGCUCUGAAGAUGAGUGGGUUGAGGCUGUCCCAUCCCAGACUUCUGGUGGAGAAAAGGCCUGGAAAGUGAAAGGGGAGAAUUCAGAAAGAGAAGACAACCCAUCUAUCCAGAGAGAUGAGUGGAUGACGGUUGAUUUUAUGUCUGUUAAAACUGUGUGCUCAUCGUCACUCAGAGCUGACAAGGAGGCUAUGAGGAAAAUAGAGAGAGAGAAAACCCAAGCCCUGGAACAGUCCAAACUGCUGGAGAGAGAAUUGAAUCCAUACUGGAAAGAUGGCGGGACAGGUCUUCCCCCAGAAGACUGUAAGAUGUCAUCAAUUACCAAAGUUUCAGUAGUAGAAGAUGGUGGACUAAGCUGGCUCAGGAAGUCUUACCAAAGAAUGAAGGAACAAGCUGAGAAGCAGAAUAGAAAUUUUGAAGAUGUUGUGGCUGAAAGAUACGGGUCAAUGGAAAUAUUUCAGUCGAAAUUAGAAGAAGCUGAAAAAACUGCAUCCACAAAAGAAGAUUGUAAACGAGAACGGUGGAGGAAACCAACAUACUCAGAUAAAGCACAAAGUAGUCAAGAAACUAGAAAAUCAGACUUGGUAAAAUAUAAUAAAAAUUUAAGGGAUAGAUAUAGUUCAACAGAUAUUGCAGACGACACCAAUAAAGGUAAGUCUAGUGGUGGUGAAAAAGAUAAUAGGUUUGAAACCUGUAGAAGACAAUCCAAACCAAGGCAAAAUCAAGAGUUUUCUUCUCUGCAAAAUUUGAAACCUAAAUUUUUAAGACCCUCUGAUGAUGAAGAACUCUCAUUUCAUAGCAAGAACAGAAAUUUUGAACCUUCUAGUUCCUCUGCAGCACUGGUUGCUCAGGAUUCUGUGCGUCGUGGUUUUCAAAAACCCACGGACAACAGUGAAGAAAGUUCUUCAUCAUGGAGCCGGUCAGAUGGAAGAGCAGGAGACAGGAAAUGUUCAUAUGCAAGACCAUUAGAAACUAGGGGCGAUGUGGACUGUGGGCACAUUUCAGAAGACAUGAAAGAAAAAUCACCAGAUGAAAGCCUGAGAGAUGACUCUGUGAAGAAAGAGCAUCUGCGGGACACGAGGUCUCCAUUUGCCAGAGGUGCUUCUGAGGAUGAUUCUGUAUACAUCUUGAGUGUUGAUGAGAAGAAUAAAUUGGGAGCCAGGAUUAUCAAGGCUGAGAUGAUGGGAAAUAUGGAAUUAGCAGAACGACUUAAAGCUCAGCUUGAAAAGGCAAAUAAAUUCAAAGAAACUGUAACAGAGAGAUCAUCAAAAGGAUCUGCGGUGGAGAAGGAAGACCAAGAAGUGAUCCUGGUCAAAACAGAUCAGUCUGGGCGAGUGUGGCCUGUGCACACACCAGGAAAACCUCUGGACUCUAAAGCAGGAAGAAGGAAGAGACAGAUGGCUUCAACUCAUGAAGAAAAAGAAAGGGUUAGAUACUUUCAUGAUGAUGAUAAUCUCAGCCUAAAUGAUUUGGUCAAGAAUGAAAAGAUGGGAACAGCAGAAAAUCAAAACAAGCUUUUUAUGAAGAUGGCAUCUAAGUUUAUGGGAAAAACAGAUGGAGACUAUUACACUCUAGAUGACAUGUUUGUCUCCAAAGCAGCUGAGAGAGAACAUUCUGGUGAAGAGGAAGAGAACCAGAGGAGGAAAGCAAUUGCCGAGCACCAGCAUCUUGCUGCACAAAUGGAAAAAUGUCUGUAUUGUUUUGACAGCUCUGAGUUUCCCAAGCACCUUAUUGUGGCCAUAGGUGUUAAGGUGUAUUUGUGUUUGCCCAGCUUCCGGUCUCUCACCGAGGGCCACUGCCUCAUCGUCCCUCUGCAGCAUCACAGAGCAGCUACCUUACUGGAUGAAGACAUCUGGGAGGAAAUUCAGAUGUUCAGAAAAUCAUUGGUAAAGAUGUUUGAAGAUAAAGGACUGGACUGCAUCUUUUUGGAAACAUACAUGGGCAUGAAGAAGCAUGGUCAUAUGGUUUAUGAGUGCAUUCCUCUUCCGAAGGAAGUGGGCGAGAUGGCUCCCAUCUAUUUUAAGAAAGCCAUAAUGGAGUCUGACGAAGAAUGGUCUAUGAAUAAGAAAUUGAUCGAUCUCUCUUCAAAAGACAUCAGAAAGUCUGUGCCCAGAGGCUUACCUUACUUCGCUGUGGAUUUUGGCCUCCAAGGAGGGUUUGCCCAUGUCAUUGAAGAUCAGCACAAAUUCCCUCAUUACUUCGGAAAGACCUGCGUCUGUAUUUUUCUCCUUCUUUACAAGGAAAUCAUUGGUGGGAUGCUGGAUAUAGAACCAAGACUCUGGAGGAAAGGGAUCCGGGAAAGCUUUGAGGAUCAGAGGAAGAAAGCCCUGCAGUUUGCUCAGUGGUGGAAACCAUUCGACUUCACCAAAAGUAAAAAAUGUUGAGUCAUACCUUUCAUUUUUUAAAUUUCUUCUUCAGAUUCCUUUCAGUUUUAUUUCCAUUGUCUCUAACUACACUACUGACCUUAUGGCCAGAGGAGAAAAAGUCACGCGCUGGGUCUCAGACACCCACGCAUCACUGGGUCGUGUUUCCUGCCUGCCUUGUCCCGCAGACUGCACUGUAGUGACUGGGCAGGGGGGCCCCGCCCACUUUCCUUUUCUGUACCUGCUACGUCUUGUGUUCUGAACUGUGCAGUUGAAGACGUGGAAAGACUUUUCUGAACAAUUAUCUGGGAGUUGUAGCAGAUCAUUGGUUCAGAGGGAAGUGGGUCUACUUCAAGGUUGUGAAGACUAUUGUCUGAAUUCUCUUGAAUGUUUUAAACCAAAUUGGCGUAUUCAGCAGUAAUUGCAAUUUCUUUUCACAGCAUCUUAUAGAGAGGCUCUUACUUUUCUACCAGUCGUCACGGCUUUUCUAUUUUAUUAAAGGAAAAAGAAUGUCCCAGGAAUAAUAAAGAAUUCAGUGAAGCAUAA